UCGUGGAGGUAAAGUCUUCGGAAGCGCUGGUUUUAAGUAUGAUAGAUUGCUAGCCACGCUACACAUAGGAAAGCACCGCCACCAAAUCAAGAAUCUCCUUUACCAACUGACGUCAUUUUCAAGUUGGUUAUGGAUGGCCGACACAACACGUAUGUAAACACGAGCAAUCCACUUGCGCUCAGUAAGAACCAGGCAUUCGAGGAGAGACACCGUAAAUGUCCAAGUCGCUCUAGUUCUCCAUCAUCCUUGGAUAUGAUUUAAGUUGAAUUGAACCGUUUAAAAUGGUCCUACGUACAAUUCAGGGCAAUGACAGAACAUUUGGAGCGCAAUUGGUGUGCGGUGAUUCGCUACGGUGGUAAGGAAGAAUGGAACUGGGCGUGGCGAGCUAGUCUUUGCGACAUGUGGUCGUCACAGCGGACAAAGAUUUUAUCGGCCAUGAGUUGCAGUCAAGAUCGUGAUCGUUUGAAACAGCUUCUUUCGCGCGUGUUUUCGCCGACAAUCGAACAGGACCCGCACGAAACGUUCGCCACCAUUGAGAAAAUGACGGAAAAUCACGUCGCUCGUUCCAUGGUGUUGAACUUUUUGGCGACCAACUGGGAGAUCCUAGGGCGACAUUUUAGAAGGUCUGGCGAUAAUUUGAAGCUUCUCACCUCCGCCGCCAAAUUUCUGAGUACACCAGACGAACUGAAAGAGAUGUCCCGGAUUUUGUCCGACCUGGAAAAUAAAGACAAGAAACUCAAUCGAACUUUCACGGACAGGAUUCUGGAGGUCAUCCGCAACAAUAUUCGCUGGGGUGAGAAGAAUUUGGAACAAGUCUAUUUGGUUAUCGAAUCUGGGAUAAUGACACGUCGUAAAUUCACUCGCCAAGACUAACUGCAUUCCCUAAGCUGUUCAAGCUGUUUUGC